AUAAAUUAAAUUAUAACAGUAUACUUCUUAAUUAAGAUAAUCAAGCUUUUAGAUAGGGUAAUUGUGUUACAUUGUGUUACGAUGAGUGUGUCUUUACAAUGUAGGCACUGCUUUACUGUGGAUUUCUUUCCCUUCUGUGAGGCAAUUACACCGAAAACACAUUUGCUGUUGGCUAAGCAAUGCGUGCCUUGUUCCAGUGCUUUUAAAGCUGGCGUUGCCGCGACUGUCAAUGGGUCUGUCAUUCGUAUUUGCAAUCCUAAUUUAAGCACCUAUCCAUUGCCCUUGUCAGACUGCAGUCAGUGCAAUAAACUACUCCUAAACGGUAUUUUGUCGUACAUAAUUAUAGUUUGUGUGUGUACAGUUGUAAUGAACGCGUGGUCAGUUUUUGUGUGGUUACAUGCGAAGCGCCGACGGCCUCAAAUCUACCUAAAACUUUCGCUGACUGUCUCUGAUUUACUGUUCGGUGCAAUUGUCUUGCCGGAAGCAAUUUACAAUUUAACCUACACAUUGUAUAGUGGCCACACGGAGUAUUACGACUUCUACAAGAUAACAGAUCGGUCGCUGGACCCAGGAAGCUACUGGCAAAGUUGGGAAGCAUUAUUCACACCACCGCAUGCCAAGUUUUCCUUCGCGAUAAUGUUCAUUUCUCAAGAAGCAAGUUUAUGCAGCAUAUUGCUUUUGAACAUUGACAGGCAUAUUGCUAUUGCCAAUGGCAUCCGAUAUGCAAACAUUAUUACUAACAAACGAUGCUUUAUUAUAGUUGGCGCAAUGUGGGUUGGUGUUAUCGCUGUGGGUUGUCUUAGCACAUUUUUAAUGAGCGACUACCUGCUGUUUCGGAUCAAACCCUCCGCUCUGUUUUUACCCAUGCCCAAUCCUAUUAAAGCGAAACACUACAUACAUAUGAUGCUGCUGGCUGUCAUACCAAUGUCCGUCGUAUUCUUAUUAAACGUUGGUGUGACGGGUUACACGUAUUACAAAUUGAACGCAAGAUCAGAAACAGUGCCGUACACAAACAGUGGCAGACAUGGAAAAAGGAAAUCGACAGUUGCUUCGUUAUCUGAAUCAACGAUGCUAUCCGCAGCAGAAUCAACUGUCUUUAUGGUUUUGACAGACCCAGAUGGAAACACCAUCGGCGUAAACGAAAAUAUUUCAUCCCCGACAGAUGGUGACAAUGUAUUUUCCUCAAAACGACAAAGAAGUGGCUGUUGGGGAAGUGACGUCAGUGAAAUCCAAGUAUCCAGCAGCAAAGGGGAUAUUCAGUCUGUUGGACAAAACAAUUCUUUUUCAGAAACAAAACUCACUCUAAAACCUGAUAAUUUAUCCCAAACAUCGCCGGGUGUCAUCAGUAACGCGCAUGCGCCGAAUCGUGCAAAUGAUCAUCGGCAAGAUGGUUCGAGUCUUGUCACACAUAGGUUGAACUCACAUACAUCUUCAAUACUACCAAACUAUAAUUCGUCUCCGCGACAGGAACAGCUGUAUGGCUCGACCUCCAAAUUAAAGAGGAAACGUAGAAAGCCGCAGGACCUGGAACACAAACAAGCCAACCGUACCCUUAUUCUUAUUCUACUGAUUUAUACAAUGUGCGUUUUACCAUUGGUGAUUGUACUCAUUAUUAAUUUAUUCGACGACGAUCUGUUGCAAGGCAAAGUUUCAGAUGGUAUUUCAAAGCUGGAAUCUCGUUCAAUCGCACUAACGGUUACAGUCGGACUAUUCAUGACGUCAUCAUUAUGGAACUGCAUCAUUUAUAAUUUGCGCAACCGAGAUUAUAAGCGCUCAGCUAUGAGCCUUUUAAAUGGAUUACGUUUUCGGUUUGUAAAUAUUUGUAUCACAACGCCCACAUCGUUACAUUGAAAUCAUAAGUUAUACGUUCCAUAAUAAAUAUAAACACUCUU